GGAGGGGCCGGAGCUGGAUCCGGGAUCGGGACUCAGGGCGCGCGGGAAAACCCGGAGGCGGAGCGCGGUUGGGGCCGGUCCUGGUGGGUCCGGGUCCCGAGGAUGACUUCUCCGGAAAUCGCUUCCGUGUCCUGGGGGCGGAUGGCCGUGCGGGGCUGCCCGGCCACCUACAAGGACUGCAAGCUGUGGCCCGGCGGCAGCAGGACCUGGGACUGGCGAGAGACCGGGACGGAGCACUCCCCCGGCGUGCAGCCCGCCGACCUGGAGGAGGUGGUCAGCAAGGGCGUCCAGACCCUCGUGAUCGGCCGAGGGAUGAGCGAGGCCUUGAAGGUGCCGGCCUCCACGCUGGACUACCUCCGGGCCCGCGGGAUCGACGUGCGGGUCCUCCAGACGGAGCGGGCGGUGCGGGAGUACAACGCCCUGGCGGCCCGGGGGGUCCGCGUCGGGGGCGUCUUCCACUCCACCUGCUGAGGGCCGGCGGCCGAGGGGAGCCCGGGAGGGCCCCGUGGCGGUGACGGAAAGAUCACGGGCCCCGUCGGGACCGUUUGUGUGUGUGUGUGUGUGCGCGUGGUAACGAGCCCCCCUUACCAAGCUGUAAACACGACUCCGCCGUGCCCAAAC